AUUCAUCUCAGCAUGGUAAAGCCAUGGCUGCUUGGAGCACUGCUAAAAACUCUGGCCUUCGCCGAGGACUUUGAGGCAGCCGAGGCACCACCGGUGUCGUUGCUCCAGUUGAAGUUGCAGCUGAGUAGAAACUCGGAGCCUGAAAUUUUGGGUGAGGCACAUGUCACGGACGGUGACGCCGAGAGCUUUGGCAGCAAGGCACUUUGCUCCGGUUCCUUUGAGGUCUGUGAAGUUGCCCUGCCAGAAACGUGCGCUUACAUCCCAGGCUGCUCCACCUCCAAAGGCGAAACGGCUUAUGGUGGCUGGUGCUCCGGUGAAGGAUGUGCCCAUUUGGACCAAGAGAACUGCCUGCUGAACUCCAAAUCCAAAUGCCACUGGAGAUAUGUCAAGUCGGAUCCAGAAACUUUGUGUCGUGGGGAUUUGGGCCGAUGGCAAAAUCCCGGUUGCAGCUUUAGCAAUGAUCCAGAAGCGUGUAUGUGGAUGCCUGGUUGUAACUGGGCUGGGCAGAAUCAUUUUGGUGGUUGGUGUACAGGCGACAAGCCACACUGUGCCAUGGAAACCUCCGUCUUUGCAUGCCAAGAUGCCCAGUGCCACUGGCAAAGCAGUGCCCAGCUCUGACUGAAAA